AUGACCAGGAAGAAGGAACACCGGGUCCCCAGGCCUUCGAAUGGUGUCGUGAAUCUCGGCCUGGACGCGGGCGAUGACGUGGUUCUGGGACUCAGCUACAAAACGUGCGCCCUGGAGGACAGACCCCGGAGCCCGCAGGCGGGGGAGCCGGAGGAGGCGCCGGGGAGCGCGGGGCCCCCCCCUUCGGGGAAGGACAGGGACUGGAGGGUGAUGCUGCCCUUCCGGCUCAAGCCAAGGUCUCCUUCCCCUAACCCCAUCGACAAUGCCGGCCUGCUCUCCUACCUCACGGUGACCUGGAUCACGGGGCUCAUGGUCCUCGGCCUGCGGAGACGCCUGGACGAGAACUCCACGCCGCCUCUGUCGCUGCGCGACGCCUCCACCCGGAACUCCAGAAGGCUCCGCCGCCUUUGGGAAGAAGAAGUCUCAAGGAGUGGGAUUAAAAAAGCUUCGCUGCUUCGUGUGCUGCUGAGAUUCCAAAGAACUCGGGUCCUGCUCUACAUAAUCGUGAGCGUCUGCCUCUCGGUCACGAGUGUGCUGGGGCCGAUGCUGAUCUUACCGAGGAUCCUGGACUACUCCCAGGGGUCGUCCACGGACGUCGGCUACGGCGUGGGCCUCUGCCUCACCCUGUUCCUCACCGAGUGCCUGAAGUCUCUGUGCAUGUGCAGCAGCUGGGUCAUCAACCAGCGCACGGGCCUCAGGUUCCGCACGGCCGCCCUGGCCCUCAGCUUCGAGAAGCUGCUGCAGUUCAGGUCCCUGACGCACAUCAGCUCAGGAGAGGCCAUCAGCUUCUUCACCGCCGACAUCAACUACCUGUUUGAAGGCAUCUACUACGGCCCCAUGAUCUUCAUCACCCUCAUGAACAUGGUCACCUGCACCAUCUCCUCCUGCCUCCUGCUCGGCCCCACCGGGCUCAUCAGCACCUUCUGCUUUCUCCUGGUUCUGCCGCUGUUGGGGCUCCUGAUCCACGGGGAGGUGAAGACUCAGAGGCAGGUCUCCGAGAUCAGCGACCAGCGCAUCCGGGUGACCAGCGAAGUCCUCACCAGCAUCAAGCUGAUCAAAAUGUACACGUGGGAGAAGCCGUUUGCAAAAAUCAUCAAAGAUCUCAGGAGGAGAGAGAGGAGGAUGCUGGAGAAGAACGGGCUGACCCAGAGCCUGAGCACCACCAUCCUGUUCGUGGGCCCCACCGUGGCCAUGGUGGUGACCUUCCUCAUCCACCUGGGCCUGCGGCUGAGACUCACAGCCUCGGUGGCCUUCACCGUGAUGGCCGUCUGGAACGUCAUGCGGGUAUCCAUGUUCUUCGUGCCCUUCUCGGUCAAAGGCUUCAGCAAUUCCAAGUCUGCGGUGGAGAGGCUCCAGAGGUUCUUCCUGCAGGAGAGUCCCGAUCGAUAUGUCCAGGCCCUGGAAGACCCCAGCAAAGCGCUGGUUUUGGAGGACGCCACUUUGUCCUGGAGAAAGACCUGCUCUGUGGUUGCCAGCAAAGACUUAGAGCUGGAGAGGAAUGGACACGCUUCCACCAAGGGGACGGCCGGGGCCCAGCCACCUCUGGGUGCCCUCGAGCCAGAGGGCAAAGGGGAGAGCCUGGCCCCAGAGCUUCACAAGAUAAACCUGGUGGUGUCAAAGGGGACCGUGCUAGGGGUGUGCGGCAACACAGGGAGCGGCAAGAGCAACCUGCUGUCGGCCAUCCUGGGGGAGAUGCACCUGCUGGAGGGCGCGGUGGGGGUGCACGGGCGCCUGGCCUACGUGCCCCAGCAGGCCUGGAUCAUCUCGGGCAGCAUCAGGGACAACAUCCUCAUGGGCAGGAGGUUCGAGGAAGCCUGGUACCAGCAGGUGGUCCGCUGCUGCUCCCUGGACCGCGACCUGGACAUCCUGCCCUUCGGAGACAUGACAGAGAUCGGGGAGCGGGGCCUCAACCUCUCCGGGGGGCAGAGGCAGAGGAUCAGCCUGGCCCGCGCCGUGUACUCCGACCACGACAUCUACCUGCUGGACGACCCCCUGUCGGCCGUGGACGCCCACGUGGGGAAGCACAUCUUCGAGCAGUGCAUUAAGAAGACGCUCCGGGGCAAGACGGUCGUCCUGGUGACCCACCAGCUGCAGUUUUUACAGUUCUGUGACCAGAUCAUCUUGCUGGAAGGCGGUAAAAUCUCCGAGAAAGGGAUUCACAGGGAGUUAGUCGAGAAGAAGGGGCAGUACGCCCACCUCAUCCAGAAGAUGCACGGGGAAGACAAGCAGGACGUGUUUCAGGAUGCAGCAGAGACGGCCAAAGAGCAUCAGGGGCCAGGUCAGGCCCAGGCCCUCUGCCAGGAAGAGCCUCAGAGUGACAAUGCGGGGCUGGAGAAUCAGCUCACCACGAAGGAGGAGAUAAAAGAAGGGUCCCUGGCGUGGCGUGUCUAUCACGACUACAUCCAGGCAGCUGGAGGGUACAUCGUCUGCGUCUUGGUUUUCCUGCUCAUGGUGACGUUCAUCUUCCUCAUGACCUUCAACUUCUGGUGGCUGAGCUACUGGAUGGAGCAGGGCUCAGGGACCAACAGUAGCCGGGAGGCCAACGUGACCGCCGCGGACCCCGGCGACAUCCUGGACAACCCUCACCUGUCCUUCUACGAGCUGGUGUUCGGCCUCAGCACCCUGGCCCUGACCUGCGUGGGGUGCUGCUCCUCGCUGGUGUUCACCAAGGUCACGCGGAAGGCGUCCACCGCUCUGCACAACCAGCUCUUACACCGGGUAGGGGCCUGCUCCGCGAGCUUCUUCGACACGACGCCCACAGGCCGGCUCCUGAACUGCUUCGUGGGGGACUUGCACCAGCUGGACCAGUUGCUGCCCAUGGUGGUGGAAGAGUUCCUGGUGCUGCUCCUGGUGGUGGUCUUCAACCUGGCGGUGUCCAGCGUGCUGUCCCUGUUUAUCCUGCUGAUCGGCGUCGUGCUCAUAGUGGUGUGCCUCAUUGGCCACACGAAGUUCAAGAGGGUCAUCAACGUGUUCAAGAGGCUGGAGAACUACAGUCAUUCCCCUUUGUUCUCCCACAUCCUCACCUCGCUGCAGGGCCUCAGCUCCAUCCACGUCUAGGGGAAAACCGAAGACUUCAUCCGCGAGUUUAAAAGGCUGAUCGAUGUGCAGAGUAACUACCUGCUGAUGUUUCUGUCUGCCACGCGAUGGCUGGCACUGAGGAUGGAGCUCAUGAUCAACCUGGUAUCCUUGGCCGUGGCCUUGUUCGUGACUUUCGGUGUUUCCUCUGCUUCCUAUUCCUAUAAGGCCAUGGCUAUCAGCUUCAUCCUGCAGCUGGCGAACAGCUUCCAGGCCAUGAGCCCCGUGGCCUCAGAGACGGAGGCGCACUUCACGGCGGCGGAGAGGAUGCUGCAGUAUAUGAAGAUGUGUGUCCCCGAGGCUCCUUCACACGUGGAAGGCGCGAGCUGUCCCCACGGGUGGCCGCAGCGUGGGGAGAUCACCUUCCAGGACUAUCAGAUGAGGUACCGGGACAACACGCCCAUCGUCCUCAAAGGCAUCAACCUGAGGAUCCGCAGCCAGGAGGUGGUGGGCAUCGUGGGCAGGACGGGCUCCGGGAAGUCCUCCCUGGGGGUGGCGCUCUUCCGGCUGGUGGAGCCUGCCGCGGGCCGGAUCCUCAUCGACGGCGUGGACAUCAGCAGCAUCAGCCUGGAGGCCCUGCGGUCCAAGCUGUCCGUCAUCCCUCAAGAUCCCGUCCUGUUCUCGGGAACCGUCAGGUUGAACCUGGACCCCUUCAACAACUACACGGACGAGCAGAUCUGGGGCGCUCUGGAGAAGACCUCCCUGAGCAAGACGAUCUCGAAGCUGCCCCAGAAGCUGCAGGCCGAAGUCUUGGAAAACGGCAGAAACUUCUCCGUCGGGGAGAGGCAGCUGCUCUGCAUCGCCCGCGCCCUGCUCUGCAACUCCAAGAUCCUCCUCAUCGACGAAGCCACAGCCUCCAUCGACCUGGAGACCGAUGCUCUGGUCCAACACACGAUCCGCGAAGCCUUCCGGGGCUGCACGGUGCUGGUCAUCGCCCACCGCAUCACCACCGUCCUCUACUGCGACCGCAUCCUGGUCAUGGACAACGGGAAGGUUGUGGAGUUCGACAGGCCCGAGGUCCUGCAGAGGCAGCCCGGGUCCAUGUUCGCAACCCUCCUGGCGAUGGCCCGGUUGCAGAGCUCGGGAGACGCGGGGGCCGGGGGCCGAGCGCAUCACCCCGGUUCGCCGGGUGUGCCGCUGUGAGCCCCGCGCAGUCUGUGAC